UUCCAACGAGGAGAGUAACCCUCAGUCACUUCGUCGCCGUCGCGCUAGACACCCACGCUCUUUUUACCAUUCCAUUCCACUCGCUUGAUGCCCAGCCAUCGAUAGCAUCUCUCGCUUCAGACCCGAAUUUUCUUCACAACGUUUCGCCCUCGUCGAGGCUUCCAAGGUUGCUUGCAUCCGAUCUCAAUAGGGCGAGAGCGUGAUCCAACACCCAUCAGUAUUUUCGUCACACCUUUUCCCCUUUCCCUUCGUUCCCCUUCCUCGGCAUUGUUUCUUGUCGGAUUAGUUUGAAGGUCCUGUUGGACAGGCGACCAUGAGCGCAAGACCGAAUCAACGAAACAUUAAGUGGGUUGAGGGCCUCCGAGGCGUGACCUCUGUCCUCGUAAUCGUCACCCACAUCGCGAGAGCAUUCGAUUACGCGCUCUUCUUUCCCGCCGACUCGAAGGAUGGUGCACCGAGGCUGUUGCAGCUGCCAUACCUGCGCAUUCCGUGGCAGGGCCGCAUCGGCGUACCCAUCUUUGCCUUUUUGACGGGUUUCGUGUGCGCAUACAAGCCCCUCAAGCUCGCGUACCAGCAAAACAAUGCCCCUGCCGCGCUCAAGUCGGUCGCUCGCAGCGCCUUCCGGCGCCCGCCGCGACUCGUGCUGCCGGCCCUCAUCGCCACCUUCAUCAGCUUCGUCAUGUCGGUCUUGGGCGGUUACAAGGCGGCGAACCAUUGUGACUCGCAUUGGGUGCGCUUCGACGCGCCGGACCCACUUCCGUUUAGGGAGAACGUUAAGAGGCUGUUCACGACAUCGCUCACCACUUGGACCAACACGGAGAAUCUCUACGACAGGCACCAGUGGGCGAUGCGUCCCCUGCUGGUCGGCGCGUUCCAGGUCUACAUUGUGCUGGCGGCUACCAUUGGGAUGCGGUUCAAGUAUAGGAUGCUUGUGCAUGUUAUGCUGAUCCUGUACUGGCUGCUGAACCACAACCGCUUGACAGAAACCUUUGGCGCCAUGCUCGCUCUUGGAACCCUUCUCGCGGAGCUGUCGCAGCACCGGCCGACCCAACAACUCCUCACCAACCACCAAAAGCUCUGUACGUACGUUCUGUCACCCCUGAUUUUCCUCAUUGGCGGCUACGUCGGCUCGUACCCUGCCGAACACGAAGACUGGGCUCCCUGGUCUCUGCGCCUUAACCACUUCCUCACCAACCCGGUCGGCGACCACCGCAACGGCAGCUUCAUUGUCCCGAACGGCACCGACAUACUGCGGCGGACUUCCUCCUUCUUCAUCAUGUGCACGGCCGUGUCUCUGUUCCUCUCCCCGGCCCUCCAGAAGUUGCUCUCGCACCGCCUGCUCAUUUGGCUGGGACACCACUCGUUCGCCGUCUACCUCGUGCACGGCACAAUCCUGCGUACUGUUGGUAUCUGGAUCGUCUACGGCAUCAGCGGUGAGCCGUUCGUGCCCGGAGGGAAGAACGAGGACGGAUCCAACCGCGACCCGAUCUAUGUCAAGCCCAAGGGCCGCACGCACAAGAUGGUGGCUAUUGUGGUGUUCACCACUCUGACCUACAUUGCUGCCUGGGCAUGGAUGAAGUGGGUGGACACUAGCUGCGCGCGGGCCACGCAGUGGCUGGAGGAGAAGGUGUUUGAUGAUGAGGACAACGAAGGCAAGGCCGGGUUGGCGGAGAAGGGGUACGCGAACGGCCAUGCAAACGGCGGCGUGCCGCCCCCCAGGUCACAUCAAGAAGGCGAGAGGUCGCAGCCUCCUCCCUAAAGUUCCGUCUCGGACGGUUGAGGCUGGUCAGGGCCGAGAGCGGUGAAACAAGCCUCCGCCGACAUUGGGUCUGGGGAGCACAGACCCAAUGCUCAAACGUCUCUCUACGUCG